GCGCGGCCCGCCCGGCCCCAAGAUGGCCGCCCGCCCUUCGCCGCCCGCUUCCGUCCCCGCUGAGGCCUGCGGCUCCCGGCGCGGCGCUCCCUCGGCGCUCUCUGGCUGCCGCCUCCUCCCGGGAGCGGGACAUGGCGCUGCUUCGGUUCCUGCUGCUGCGGGGCCGCUGCGGCUGGCGGGCUAACCCCGCGGCGUGGGCCCGGCCUCGGCCCCGGGGCCCGCAGGGCCUUCUGUCACAAACACUUUCCCCCACGUGUCAAGGUCUGGGUGGAGUCCUACUGAAACAGCGCCUCAUUCGAGAUCCAGCCAGGCUUUGGAAUCUCUUGGGUAGCACUUACUAUUUCACUACUUCAAGCUGCCAAAGGAGUAACCAUAAGAAUGGAGGAUUCAAAAAGAAAUCUCCAAAGGAGGAGGAGGAGGAAGAGAAGCGCAGGAGAAGGGAAAAUCAGAUGCACCUUGAACGCCUGCGGGCUCUGCUCAUCAUUACUUUAAUAGUGCUGCUGUUUCGAUUCACGGUCAGCGAGAACAGAGAAGGGACCAGCAUCUCCUGGAAUUACUUCAUCAGUGAGAUGCUGUCAAAGGGGGAGGUCCAGAGGAUCGAAGUGGUUCCAGAGAGCGACAUUGUGGAGAUCUACCUGCACCCGGGAGGCACUCCGCGUGGACAAGUGAACGUUACCCUGCUGUACACCAUGCGAGUGGCAAACAUUGACAAGUUUGAAGAGAAGCUGCGAGCUGCGGAGGAUGAGCUGAAUAUUGAUGAGAGAGAGAGAAUCCCUGUUUCCUACAAACACCCCGGCUUUUAUGGAAAUGAUGUCAUUUCCCUGGUAGUGACACUUGUGGCUGUGUCCAUGCUGUGGAGCCUCUUCCGCCUCAUAAGGGUUGCGGGCCGGGCAGGAGGAUUCAAUGCUUUUAAUCAGCUGAAAAUGGCUCGUUUCACCAUUGUGGAUGGAAAAUCCGGGAAAGGGAUUGGCUUCAAGGAUGUAGCAGGAAUGCACGAGGCAAAAAUGGAAGUCAAAGAAUUUGUGGACUACUUGAAGAAUCCUGAUCGCUACCUGCAGCUCGGUGCCAAAGUGCCCAAGGGUGCCUUGUUGCUUGGACCUCCAGGCUGUGGGAAGACGUUGUUGGCCAAGGCAGUGGCCACAGAAGCACAGGUGCCUUUCUUGGCCAUGGCAGGCUCCGAAUUUGUGGAGGUGAUAGGAGGUCUGGGAGCUGCACGAGUCCGCAGCCUGUUCAGAGAAGCGCAGGCUCGUGCACCCUGCAUUGUGUACAUCGAUGAAAUUGAUGCUGUGGGCAAGAAGCGCUCGACUAAUGUGUCUGGUUUCGCCAAUGCUGAGGAGGAGCAGACCUUAAAUCAGCUGCUGGUGGAAAUGGAUGGAAUGGGGACCACAGAUCACGUCAUAGUGCUGGCUUCCACCAACCGUGCUGAUGUUUUGGAUAAUGCCUUGAUGAGACCUGGCAGGCUUGACAGACACAUCUUCAUUGAUCUUCCAACACUCCAGGAGAGAAGAGAGAUCUUUGAGCAGCACCUGAAGGGUCUCAAGCUGAUCCAAGAUGCCAGCUUCUACUCGCAGCACCUUGCUGAGCUGACUCCAGGCUUCAGUGGAGCAGACAUAGCAAAUAUAUGCAAUGAAGCUGCUCUCCACGCUGCCAGAGAAGGUCACAAAUCCAUUGAUACUUCCAACUUUGAGUAUGCUGUGGAAAGAGUCAUUGCAGGCACUGCCAAAAGGAAUAAAAUCCUGUCACCUGAAGAGAGGAAGGUGGUGGCGUUUCACGAGUCGGGCCACGCGUUGGUCGGCUGGCUGCUGGAGCACACGGAGGCAGUGAUGAAGGUUUCCAUUGCCCCUCGGACAAAUGCAGCACUUGGAUUUGCUCAGAUCCUUCCAAGAGAGCAGUACCUCUUCACCAGGGAGCAGCUGCUAGAGAGGAUGUGUAUGGCGCUGGGAGGGAGAGUGUCUGAAGCCAUCACCUUUAACAAAGUCACCACAGGAGCACAGGAUGACCUGAAGAGGGUGACCAAGAUAGCCUACUCCAUGGUGAGGCAGUAUGGGAUGGUGCCCAGCAUCGGGCAGAUCUCCUUUCCGGAUGGGGAGAGCACAGUUGGAAUUGGCCGGCGCCCCUUCAGCCAGGGCCUUCAGCAGAUGAUGGACCACGAAGCAAAAGUGCUGGUGGCUCAGGCCUACAGACGCACAGAAAAACUCCUAUUGGACAACCGAGAUAAGCUGCAAACACUGUCUAAUGCCCUACUGGAGAAAGAAGUGAUAAAUUAUGAUGACAUUGAAGCUUUGAUUGGGCCUCCACCCUACGGGCCAAAGAAAAUGAUAGCUCCUCAGAGCUGGCUUCAAGCAGAGAGAGACAAGCAAGACACUCGAGAUGAAGAAGUGCCCCAGCAGCCACCAAACCAUGAGGAGGAGGAAGAACCACGCCUGAGGCCAGUGUGAAGGCCACUCCUGAUGCAGAACGGGAGGACUCUAGAAGCUUCUUUUGAACACAAACCCUUUCUCUUCUCAGCUCUGAAAUCAAAAAUAAAGAGCAGGGCAUCUCUGUGUUGCUACUUCCCUGAAAUUAAAGGAAUGGCUACGUUUAGUCUUGUAACACAAGCUUUAACCUGCAGGGAGGAGAACUGAAGAUUUUGGAAUUGAUUCUCAGCAGGAUAUUAGUGAUUAAUCUGCUGGAAAGAGUGUGUUUACACGAGCAGUGUGUGCCUUCGUAAGGGUGAUGGAUGGUGUGGAGUCCUUGUGUGCUGUGCAUGCAGGAGUGCACUGCUGUUCUCAGCACCAGAAUGGUCAGCACAGUGGAAGGCAGCAGGGCUCUGCUGGGUACGGUGCUGUAGCUGUUAUGCAGCUGUGCUCAUCUCUGCUGCUGAACACAGAAUAGGAAACAAACUUCACUAGAAUGAAUUAUCUUGAAUGUGCUGCUGCGUUUGUAGAAUAUGUGCUUACUACAGCUGUGGAGUUGUGUAGGAGGUGGGCUUUCUUUUCCCCCAAUUGGUAGCUUCUAUUUGAUUUUUAUAGCAAGGGUUUCAGAAGCAGAGAAUGAGGGAACCUGUGUUCAUAACCCAGCAUAACCUGAUGGUGUGAUGUUAGGAAGCAGCACUGCAGGGAAUGGCUCCAGUGUGUGUUGGCAGACUGCUGAGCAGUGCUGCUGUUUGUAGGGAUGGAGUUAUGCUCGGUUCACUCAAAUGCAGAUGCUCUUCCUGGGUGCAUCUGCACAAACUUGGCACUUCUGCUGUCCCUGUCCUCGUGGCUGUUGGCAAAACACGCUGUGAUGAAAUGGUUGACUGCUGUUCAUCAGGGAAAGAUCAAAGUGAUCAUUGGUGCUUGUUGUGCUCUGGCUUGGUAAGGCCCCUUCAGGAAGGAUUCUUGUCUGCAGUUUUUCCAUGAGUACUGACUGUGACCUGAAAGACCUCAGCUUUCAAUUCCCAGCCCUCAGGCCUUCAUCUUGGAGUCAGAUUGGAGCUGAGCCCUCCCUUGGGAGUGGAGAGAAGGUUGAUCCACGUGGCUCACCUGGGUGCCCCCGAGCUGUGCUGCUGACCCGGCCGUGCUGGGCCUCGUGCCCAUGGUGGGGACGCUGCCCUGUUCUUGGGCAGAAAUGAUUUGCUCAGCUGGGGAUGCUAUUGCCUAUGCUUUUUUUCUUUUCUUUCAGACCUCUUUGAUUCCUUACAGGUGGUUCAUUCUCUCAAUUUGUUUGUCUAGCAACAGGUGGAAAAUGUUUUGAUUUGUUUGUCAAACAGGAUGGCUGAAUUCCGAGCUGCCUCAAUAAACUUUUUGACACGAGGA